GCACACUUUGAAUCUGAAGACAUGCUCUUACCUGGAGCAAUUAUCGGAGACACGGCUGGUAGCCCUGCUCUAUCGGGUUCAGGAGCAGAAGCAGCUAGCGGAUGCUUUGGACACGCAAGAAUUGAAAACCCCCGUGCUUCCAGUGAACAAGGUUGUGGCUGAUUACAUCAUCAAGGUCGGCCUGAGCGAAAGCAUCGUCUUUUCAGUCAGUGAUCUCAAAUCCGGUGAAGAAGUUCUUGGUGUGGGGAUGGAAUGGAACAAGACACUGUCCCUCGUGGACAAGGGCCAUGUCCAGCAGGAGCAGCCGGCGAUUCAGGACGUCAUUGCAGACUCUUUCGAAGAAGAGCUGAGCUUGAGUGCAAGGCGUGGGACCACUUCCAGUUCCACAGCCUUGGCUGUUCCAUCACAGCCAGGGCGAAGGGCUGGUGCGCAACAUUCCUCUGAUUUCAAUGUGUCCGAGGGUUUGCUUGCAGAGCUACAUGCUCUCGAUGGAGCAUCUGUGCCACGGGAGCGUCCACCAGAGUUCUUCUUCAGAAUCGUGGCAGCCGGCAUGCAGAAGACACACACUUUUCUUGGGAAACAGGUGGUCGGGCUGGAUCACGACUGUGUUGUUGCAGGUUUACAGGCUGAAGCCCGUGCCCAGGACAAAGCAAGCCCUUCUGUGGCUUUGAGCCCCUGUGGCUUGCCGCGACCGAUGAAGCUGCACCUGCAUAUCUCGACUUCGACUUCCGAUGAAAGUUCCUUACGUGUCUGGGGCAGAGGCGAGAUGCAUGCUGCUGAUUUGUGUUCUUCAUUGCUCACUGUUUCCUCGCCUCGGGGUGUGGAUGAAUGGAUUCUAGCUCGGUUGAGCGAGUCAGCGAUGGAAGAUCCUUCGGCGGAUGGGCUUUGUCUGAAGACACUUCAAUCUUUGAUUGACGCCUUGCAAAAUCUCGCGAUGGCAGAGGCGGUCGUGCUUCUGAAGCACCGUGGAUGGUUUCUGCGUGAGCUGUCCCCAGGACAGAAGUUUGAGGGUUGGAUGCCGCAAAGUGAGAAAUAUAUUUGGUGUCGUGAUGGUCUGCCGAAGCAUGCUACGUUGGUGUGCUUGGUGCUCAGCCCGAAGAUGUUUCAGCUUGGGCUGGAGCUGUUGCCGCUUAACCAGCCUGUGCAGUACUACCAGACGUUGCUGGCUCUUUUGAGAGCUGGGUCCUCGGAGCUGGGAAGACUCAAGCCAGGCAAGGGAUCAAGGUAUUACACGCAGUUGCAGAACGAUCCAUCCAACUGGGCGGCCGCUGAAGGCCCAAAUCGAUCAUCGCUUGCGUCAGCCGUCCAGCGGCCUCAGCCUUCUGAUGCAUUCGAGCUGGAAGACGAUCGUGGAUACACAGGCCGGGGCCAUGGUUCCAAAGAGCCGGAUCCGGCAGUUCAGCGCCGCAAGCGCAAAGCAUCCAGCAGUUUGCCUGGCGUUUCCGCAAAGCAGAAGGGAGUGAAAGGAGCUCGUCCUCCUGGCCCAGCCGGCCAGACUGCGCCUUCAGCUUUGAAUGUUGCGGAAAACGACGGGGGUGAGGCGGGAAUUGCCGAUGCAGCCGCUGCAGCAGAUGAAGCACUAGAUUGGCUGACCACCGAAGCAGCUCCGGCACCAGCAACGCCGGGAAGUGCACGUUCGGCCGGUGCGCAGAGUCUGGAGAGUCUGGACAUGCUGUCCGAGAUUGAUUCGCUAGUGGCUGCAGAAGAAUGGGCUGAAACUAUGAAGGUCGUAGAAGCUGCUGAAGCUGCAGAGGCUUUGAAGCUGGUGGAAGAUGCCGUGGCCAGCUCUUCUGGUCAUUCUGGUGCAAAGGAUACUGAGGCAGCAGAGGCUGUCGCUUUGGCUGCUUCU